AUGGGUUUAUCGCAACGCCUCUUGCACAUUUCUGUGCUUAUGGGGGCGUUGUGGCUCUGCCUUGCGGCCGCACACGACAUCCUGGAGGUCGACGCGGACGCGACGAUGACAGCAACUGUGGAGGUCCCGACUGCGAAGGAAGUAGAGGAGCUCGGCUGGAAGAUUGAGGCGCAACUCGCCUUGAUGCACGAGGCGCACGAGCAUUUGAUUCGGAUCGAGACGCUUACAAGGUGUCCUGCGGAGGAUAUACGAGACACGCCAGGGCGAGCAUGGCCGGGGGGUCCACAGGAGGACAAGGAGAAGCGAGAGCAGCAGAGGUGGAGGUGGUGUAAAAGUGUACCAGAGCUGGUGUUUCCUUCGGGACAAGUGCCCGAUUGGGACUUUGAGGCGCUGUACACAAUGAAUUGGACAAAUGUGGAUGAUGCGUAUGCGCAGCGAUUCCAGUGGAGGACGAGACACUGUGGUAAACUGAACAAGACGCUGCAACAAGGCCAGAGGAGCAUGCAGUUCAUCUUCAAGGAGAUGGCAGCCGAGUUUCCCAAGAAGCAGUGCGACUACACCACUCAAUCCGCAAACGCCGCCGUGGUAUGGGAGUGGAAUUGUCUUGCGUCCAAACGACGAGCUGGAGAUGAUACGAUAUAUGCCUUGGACGCGGGACCCGAAGUGGUCAUUCAGCUGUCCAUCGUGUCGCUCCCGCAGGAUAAGGCUAUUUAG